AUGUUGGCCCUCGUCCUGUCCCGUCUUGCGUCUUGGUCCUACAAAUCAAAGGGAGUCGGCCAAACCGCUACUUUUCUCCGUGCCGUUGUCCUUUUCUCCUGUGUGGAGGGAACAGUAUGUGUCUACAUGCGUACAUCGUACCGUACAUCGAUGGAUCGCUCAAAUGCAUGUCGUAUGCGGUCUCCGCAUAUAGGUUCGAAAGUCUUCGGCAGUCAUUUUGGUAGAAAGACACGUUGUGUUCUAACCAUGGGCUGGCACCACCAAGUUAUGAGCACGCACACGAGUGAGGGACAGGCACCGCCUGUCACCUUGUAG